UACGUACGUACGGUCGGUACGCUGAAGGCUGUCGCUCUUCCUCUUUGUAUUAUCUUUACUCACUUGCUGCUAGCCUCCGCUGGAAAUAAAUACACACGUAAAAAAUGUAGGCCGUGACGUCACCUUCGUGGAGUUUAUAAAUAUAUGCAAGCGCGCACAAAACUUUCAAUUUAGUUUCGUCUUUUGAACGGUGCAGAUCAGCGUGACCCUCGCUCUUGGCGAUUGAUUUUUUGUGUGGGGUGAAAACAGAGAGAAGAUUUAUUUGUUACGGUGCUCUCUCGUGCGGUUGGGAAGUGAGAGGAAAGUGAAUAAUUGCUAAUGAGCAUACAUACAAACAAACAAGCGUGAGAAGAAGGGGCACGAGAUAAGGCGGUACAACAAAUUGAGCGCAAAGUGUGUGGAAGCAAUAAGGCAAAAACAGACUGAAUCAAAAGCAGACGUGAACUUUGGUGCUGAGUGCUGCUAUUGAAUACAUACACACUGUGGCUUUACUGGUUCGGUAGCGCCAGUUGCUAUAGACUCGUGCGACAUUGGACUGUUACCUUUCGUGCGCGUUGUGGAAGAUAAUUGAUCAAGUAUUAUAUGCGGACAGAUAGUGAAAUACGUGAAAGCUUCGCUGCGCGCGACCGUUGUGAGUCAUCGGAUAUUUUUGCACCAGGAAGCGGCAGCACAACGUCGAGCAACGGUUGUAACGAAUCUGACGUCGAGACGUUCAGAACCAUCAAAAUUGAUACCAUGGCAGAAGCGCAGCGACUGAUUGGCAUCUCGCUAGCCAAGAUAGCCCAAUCGCGAGUUUGUCGUGGAGGAGUAUCGUUGCAUAAAAAUCUACUUGUGGCUACCGUGCUACAAAAAGCGCGGUACAUUUUCAUGGAGGAAGCAUACCAUAUUGUACAUGGUCACUACCUUCAACAGAACAAGUGCAUGGAGCUGGAGAUGGAGAAGCAGCGGAACGCUGCGGCAGCGGCCGCGGCAGCAGCAGCUGCAGCUUCAGUGAACAAUGUGGAUGACGAAAGUUGUAGUGAAAGUGAGGAUAGCGAUGAGUCGGAAUCGUAUGCGUCAAGUGAAAAUAACGACGAGAGCGAUAAUGAAGACAAGGAAAACAGCCCACCAUCGCUUACUGACGAGAGGGGAGAUGAAGAUUCGUCAUCGGUGUCGUAUUUUGAUUUGGACGUGAAGAAAGUGGAGAAAACUAGCUCUGAAAACAGCAAUAAGCGAAGACGUGAAGCCACUGAAUGGGAAACCGAAGAAGCAGUUCAAUCUAUUCUUCCCAAACGUCUCAAGUCAGAAUCGGAUAGUAGUGUGGAUGAAACUAGCAGCACCAAUCAAGAAACCGCUGACGCUGCAUCGAAGGCAGAAGCUUGUUCCUUAGCUGACUCCGUCAACAAUCAAUUGGAAGCUGAGGAUUUGUCUUGUCGUCAAGCUGAUGGCACCCUAACCCAUACGCCUUCUGUAGAGAGCAUUGACCGAAUAACGUCUUUAGUUUCGAUAUUCAGUUUCGGUAACCUGUCUCGUUCUGUUUCUACUCCGGAUUUCUGUGCUGCCCAGGCGAAAGAUUCCGACAGCACACUGACCCAACUGCAGCAUACACAACGAGGUUAUCUAACGAUGACUGUAUAACUACUGCUGCUCCAACAAGCACUAGACGCCAAGUAUUAGCAAUUAAAAAAAUAAUACUCCUGUGAUUCGCAUACGUUGUGAUGCAUGUUACGUUAUAGCAGUGUAGCCAAUGCUGCCGUCACUAACGGAGCGGUUCAGGAGCGUGCGUUGCGAAAAUGGUGCUGAACCGGGUGUUGGUUCGUGGUCUUACAUGGAAGGUGCCGUUUGCACACCCUGAACCGGAGAGUUCGCGCUUCCGUGGCGCUUCGUCUUGGUUUAUCGAUCAGUAUCAUCACAGUCAACCCAACGAGUUUCACUCCGCGACUUAGUCAUCGUAUAGUCAUUGCGGAAUGCCAGUAGUGACUAAUAUACCGGACCAAGCAGAAACAGGAAAUGAUAAUGUCAAAGAAGAAACAACAUAGGGGAAUAACAUCUCAAUAUCAAGGCUUGUGAUACAUCACUCACUCCUACAUGCUUCAUAAUGAUUCUCUGGUAGCACUGGCAAAUGAGAGUGUCAGGAAAGAAAAUAGCACAAAGGCGAGGCAAAGUCGUAUAGUUGAACGGUUUGAACAGCGGAAGACAUCACGUUAGUCAUGUAAAAGUAAGAUUUCUCGCUCAGCUGCCCUGUGCCAGUGAUGAAUAAUUACGUUUCAAGCUGUAGUGUUUCGCGCGUUCUCUCUCUUUCUCUGCCGGACAAUUGGCACGUUGGCAAUCAACACUGAGAGCGGCAACAACAGAGAUCAGGAAAGAGAAAGAGAGAGAGUUACCGCUAAGACAGGGAGAAGUUUGGUGUCAAUCUGUAGUGGAGAGGCACGCGAUAUUCGGUACUCUGUGAUUUUACGUGUGUCUGAUUUUUAGUAAAAAACGAAUGAAGAAUGUCUUUUAACAGACAGUGCAAGCUCUUCCGACGUAUCUUGAGUGAAUAAAUUAUGUGGCCCAUGAAACCAACGAUUUAUGCUAUAUGUGCUAAUUUAUUUCCUAUGAUUAUUUUUUUCUUCAACAAAUCAGUGUUAAUUUUUGAUUGAACUAUAUUUCUUGAACCUAUGAGUGAUAAAUGAUAAACAGGAAAAAAGAGUUGAUAUCAUCGUUUUCAAAGUAGUUAAAUGCAUAAUAUAAAACAAAUAAUGCAGAAAGUAACUGUACAUGUGGGUAGGAGAAAUGAAGAAAUAAAAAUUAUAUGGCACAAUCUAUAACAUGCACUCUCUUUUAUUCGAUUGCCUCCUCCAAGACCAAAGGUAAUCGUCGACGUAGUAGCAUGAAGGCACAAAAGAGAAAGAGCGCAAGAAAGAAGGCACAAUCAUAACUGUUUCGUCUAUGCGCUAGCUCCCGUUGAUCGCCCGAUAGUCAAAACAUAAGUCAAAGUGUAGAAAAACUGGCGGUGGUGAGUUUUAUUGGCGAGAGCAUGUCCACCGACUAAUUCAUUGUUUUCGUUUCUACCAACCGGUUGCACGUAUUGCCGUUUUCUUUCUCUUUCUGUCCGUUACGCAGAGGACGAUGAACCCGCUUAAGUAACAUCAAAAAUCAUUUGAAUUCGCCGUAGUCGCGACAUCCGUACCAGGUGACGUCCUUCAUUUGGCGCACUAUGGUAGGCAGACACAUAACUAUUGUCGUAGUUGGAAGGUAAAUAACCCAUCAGUGGGCAACCACGAAAGUGAAAGUUUAUGUAAGCGUACCCGCCUCGGCCUACGAUUUAGUCCUCUAAAUCUCAAACACAUGUUUAUGGGUAAAGUGAAAAAAAAAAAUACCUAGCUGUACUAGCUGCACCCAUUGACGUGUACCAUUAAGAAGUGACCCCACUCCAAACGUUCGAUGUAUAUCUCUGCAACGUGCAAUAAUUCUCACGUAACGCUCUCUGACAUGGAUUCGAAGAAGGAAAAUGAUGUUGACUGCUUUCGGGGGAGAGACAACCAUGCCAGUAGACGAAGCAAUUAUUAGCCUGAAUUAUGUAAACAUCACCACACACUUUUUUACCGCACAUUGAACGUACUGUACCGUUUGAAGACGAAGAACCACAUCGGAGGAUGUAUGAAUUGAAAUAAACUUGCUAGUUAGCUUAGAUAGCUGUUAAAAGUAGAACUUUUGAAAUGCAUAAUCCAUACAGCAAGAAACUCUAUGAGGUAACACAUCCAACUAUUACAUACAUGAUACUUGAUUCAAUUUUGAACUUUGCCCUCGUCAAAUGAAUAUUCUUAGUUGAGUAGUUUUACACUAAAUCAUGAAGCAGUACAUUUAGUAUAAGAUGUAGUCAUUGAUACGGAAUCGAGCUCUGUUUUAAGAGCAACAUUAAAUAUCAUUUCCAACUACAGUAUAAUGUUAACUUAUUCAAUAAUCAAAAUUGUACAAUAGUGUAAUAAAUGAGUUUUAAUAUAUAUAAAAAAAAA